GCAUGACACCCACGGCUAGUAGAGAAAGUUACUGCUGGAGCUAGGGUAGAAGGGGAGAGAGGAAUUUAUCAUAUGGACCUAAUAGUGCAUCGGCAGGCAUCUGUCAGUGAGUUACGAGGAAUUGACUUGCGUGCGCGCAAUUCGUACUCCAACAACUUCUUUGCAUAAGGUGCUCAGAGAACAUUGCAAAAGGAGGCACAAGACACUGCUUGCCGGAUAGACCAACCUUCAUUGGGAAAACAGAUUCUAAUUCAAUAAAAUAUAAAUAGUCAGAGCAUAUGAAUUUGACACAGGCGUGCUAUUAAAGCUUAAAGUUAUUUGUAUAUGUUAUUAUUAGCGAGACUUAUUUAUCAGUGCAAGGGUAGUUUGUUUUUUUUCCAGCCAAUUGUGCUUUGUGAAUUUGCCUUUUUUAUUUGAAAAAAAUCGUGAUCUGAAAAGAUAACUGGAUGUCUCUGCAAUUUUUGCAAAGGUGAAUGAGUCGAUUACCAGCACUAGGGUGGUUUGUACAACCGGUGAGCCUGGCUGCGGUGGGACACGGAUUCACACGCCGAGCUACCCUUGAAAUAAUCAGAGAGGUUAGCGAAACUGACCAGUCACCUGCAAGCCCACACGUGACCUGCUGACAGGAUUUCCACUACGUCGCCUUGCAAUGAGGACCGCGCCAGAAAACCGGGCUUUCUAAAAACAAACAUUAUCAUUUUACGGAUUUUGUUAUCCCGUCCCAAACAAAGAGAAACCUCGCGUUUUGCUCCAGUAACAAUUGAUAUGCGGAAAAACUGCAAUUCGUCUAAAAUGACAGUGUUGACAAAGAUCACCAAAGUUCGAAAGAGGAGAGAGAUGCUUUUUCUCCAGGUCUGCAUUAUUUGCAGUAUACUGUUUAUCGCGUGGAGCAUGUCAACGUUACUGUCAAAGAUGGGUCUUGAUACACCUGCAGUAGAAAGACAGACGGCUUCUGAACAGUGGGGGAACAGGAAGUUGAUGGCGAUGGACAUGGAAAAUGAAACACUCCUCACCAAGAACUGCACAGAACCAGCUAUCCGUGAAUUUCCAGAAGAUAUAUUCACAAACCAGGAGAGACAACGGGGGGGUGUGCUGCUUCAUAUAUUUGCGGCCCUCUACAUGUUCUUUGCCUUGGCUAUUAUUUGUGAUGACUUCUUUGUUCCAUCGUUGGAACAAAUCUGUGAGAAACUCCACCUGAGUGAAGAUGUAGCCGGGGCCACUUUCAUGGCUGCUGGGAGUUCAGCACCAGAGCUCUUCGCUUCAGUCAUAGGUGUCUUCAUCACCCAUGGGGAUGUGGGCGUAGGAACCAUUGUUGGCUCGGCAGUAUUCAACAUUUUGUGCAUAAUUGGUGUCUGUGGAAUUUUUGCAGGGCAGGUCGUUGUGCUCACGUGGUGGUCCGUGUUUCGAGAUUCACUUUACUACACUUUCUCAGUGCUGGCACUAAUUGCGUGUAUUUAUGAUGAACAAAUCGACUGGUGGGAAGCCCUGAUUCUCAUCCUCAUGUAUGCUGGCUACAUACUAAUCAUGAAAUUUAACACAAGUUUGCAGAUUUUUUUCACUGCCAAGGUGGGGAAGAACAUAGCCAACGGUGGCACAGUGAGCAACGAAACAGAGGAUGGUAAUGCUUGUUAUGACAUUAGGUGGGAUGACCCAUCACUGCCAUUACUGAGGAAAGUGAAAAUGAGCAAGACAUACAGCAAGAACUCAGUCGUGAUGGUGGACGAGAUCAUCUGCUCCAGCCCUCCCAAGUUAAGGUUCCCCGAAGCAGGCCUGCGAAUCAUGAUAACCAACCACUUCGGACCCAAGACAAGAUUACGCAUGGCGAGCAGGUUAAUCAUUAAUGAGCGUCAGAGGCUGGUCCAGGCUGCCAAUGGAGUGGAUAAUGGAGAUUUGGAAGGGAAGCACGACAACAUAGAAAAUGGAAAUGUUCCCGAGGAUAAACAAGGUGAAGAUGAUGAGCCUGACCUGAGCUCUCCAUUUUCUAUACCAGCUGGCUGUAUGAAUAAAGUGAAGUGGCUCUUCUCCUGGCCAGUGCUUCUCCUGCUGUAUUUCACUGUCCCCAAUUGCACAAAGCCCAGAUGGGAGAAAUACUUCAUGCUUAGUUUCAUUCUGUCCACAGUGUGGAUCGCUGUCUUCUCCUACUUUAUGGUCUGGAUGGUGACUGUGAUUGGUUACACCCUUGGAAUCCCAGAUGUUAUCAUGGGCAUCACGUUUCUGGCAGCAGGAACCAGUGUGCCAGACUGCAUGGCUAGUUUGAUCGUUGCCCGACAAGGUCUUGGGGAUAUGGCAGUCUCUAAUACAAUAGGAAGCAACGUAUUUGAUAUUUUGAUUGGCCUUGGUCUACCAUGGGGUUUGCAGACAAUGGUUGUGAACUAUGGAUCAGUUGUUAAAAUCAACAGCAGAGGUCUGGUGUAUUCAGUGGUACUAUUAUUGGGAUCUGUUGGCCUUACGGUAAUGGCUGUGCAUAUUAACAAGUGGAAGCUGGACAAAAAGCUGGGGGUGUACGUGCUGGUUCUAUACGCCGUAUUCCUGUGCUUCUCCGUCAUGAUAGAGUUCAACGUGUUCACCUUCGUCAACCUGCCAAUGUGCCGAGAGGACAUUUAACCAGCCAGUCCCAGGGGGAGGAGAUAGGAGAGGGGGAGGGUUGAACUUUAUUAAGAGGCUUUUCAUGGCCUUGUAUUGUUUCACUUUUUCUACAUUCCAUCUAUCGCAGUGCAGCUUGUUGCGUUGUUCAUAAGCUGCCAGUGUGAAGCCAUGUGUAAACAGGGGCAGCAUGUUGUUUUUUCUUUUCCUCUGUCAAGAGGCAGAUUUGAGUUGGAUUUGUCCUGCCUUCCUCUUAUGAAGAACAGAGUCUGAUACGUUUUUAUCAGGCAGGCAACUACGGAAGAGCAGAAGUUCACAUUUCUUUUUUCAGCACUACUUUUUUCUCCCUUCUUUCGCUCCCUCCCUUUUUACACAUGUCCGGGCAACUGUGAAAUCACUGGUUUUGUACAUCAAUGUUUUCUCAUUUGGUGCCCAUGAAGAGACGGUUUCAUUUUUCUUCGAAACCUUCAUUCUUUCUAAUUUGGAAUGCGAGUAAUUUUCUCAGCGUCAAGGAGCCAUGCAGCAUGAAAUAUUUCCAAUUACAGCUUUUUCUACUGCUAUCAGCAGACGGUGGUGAUUUUUUUGUUUUUUGUAUGCCUUGAAGUGCUUAGGCUGUAUACAUUCUGUCAAGCAGUGAAAGGGAACUUGAUAGUUCUUCUGAAUGACGGAACAGAUUAGUAAAAUGACCUAAAAAAAGGUGAGGUAUCCAAGUUUAUAAUGUGCCAUUCCACAUAGGAUUUGUGGAUACAGUACCUAGCAACAUAUUUUGAUAGAUUUAUAGAUUUAAAAAUCUAUAAAUGCUCACCUAAACGUUACAAGUAAAGCAGGAAUCAAAAAUCAAAAAGACCAUAUCCUUUAUUUCUUUAUUUUAAUCUGGCAGUCAGACUGAGGACUCUGGAGAGGAGACACGCACACAAGAACAUUUGAACACUUGCUUAUGGAAAGGGAGGCAGCUUGUUAUUUUCUUUAAUACUCCAAAGACAAACAACUGGAUACAUUGUGAGCUUCCCUUUGGUGAAUGCUAUAAGAGAUUCAAAAUGACCUCCCAGGAUGCACCAUGUUUAAUUCUGAGGGUGCACCACAAGGAUACCUAGGAGACAACACCACACUGACUAAGCUUGGGGGGGGGGGGGGGGGUUGUAAAAGUUUGUAAUUAACAAUUACUCCUAAUGGUACUAUUUUAUUUUUAUUUUAUUUAUUUAUUUCAACUAGACAAAAUGUCCAGUGCACAUAAGACAACACUUCUCUCAGACUUUACAUAGUGAGGAAAAACAUUUAACUGGUUGAAAAAUUGUCUCUUUAUCCAAGUUUUCUGUUUUGUGGUGCCAUUUCCAGUUGGUAGCUUUCAGAUCAAAUCCCUGGCAUGCUGAGUUGGAGAGUGCUGUAUUGGCCUCCCACUUCAUUUUAUUUCUACCAUGCCCAUUGCAGUGCUGCUGGCAGCUAUACACAUCUUCAGAAAAUCUGGAGAAACUUUCAGCCAAUAUACAAGGUAAAGCAAAAGUUGCUAGGCACUUUGAAAUAAGGCUUAGGCUUUUACCUCUCCUGGUAUAUACAAAUAUAUAUUGUGUAUGUCAAUUAAAUUGUAUGUUCCUGCAGCUGUUUUGAAAUGUAUGCAAGUCAUCUAUAAUAUCUGGACCAAAGGCCUUGGGAGAUACCUCAGUUUUGAGAAACUUCUAAAAUUAGAACAGCAUUCCCAGCCUCUUAACAAUGUUUUCUGUGUAGGUUGCCAAACAGCAGUGGAUUGGUGACCAGGGUCUAAGUAAAACCAAGCUUUGGGUAUGAAAGGGAGGAUGUAGUUACCAGAUCUUUAAAUACAUUAUGAACUAAGCUGUAUAUGAAAACCCAUUAUUGUAAGAUUUUUUUUUUAUCCUGAAUGCUGCCAAAUGCUGUGUACAGUAUCAACUUUUUACGUUGUGUUCUGGCAUGAAUUCGAUCAUUUGUUAUUGACAGGGUUGUUCUUUGAAAUUCAGCACAAAAUAAGCUGUGUAGAAUUUGUUUUUGUAUGUAUUUGUUUUUUACUUUUGAUUCUGACAGUAGAUCUAGGCCUCUGAUAUGUCACAAAUGUAAUUUGCUAUUAAGUUUUAAUGAAAGUGUCAUUCUAUAGAUAUAACAAAUAUGAAAUUAGAAGCAAUGGCUCAUUAGUAAACCUGCUUGGGAAUGUGUUUCCUGUGUAGAUGUAAUAAGUAAAUUAUUACCAUAUCCACACUUCAAGGCUCAGAGCUAGCUUGCCGAAUCUCAGAUGUGUUUUAAAAUGUGUUGCUUAACAAACUGAAAGCUCUGAGGAAAACAAAGUCUGCAAUGUAAUCUUGGAGGUGCGUCACCUUACAAGGCUGAAUCACUGCCUUGUCAUGUCGUCCUAAUGCUUUAAUUGGUUCCAUUGGUGUUGGACUAUCCUCGAUUCACCGCAUUCUGCAUGUUCGCUUUUAUUCUGCAGCUUUUAAUUUCAUAGAUUGAUAACCUAAAUGGUGUAGAGUUUGGUCUUUUAACAUCUGGAGAUUUGAAGAGAGAUCCUCCUACAGAACCAUUGCCAUUGAAGACUAUUUGGGACAAUAUUGGGGCAGGCACUGGCAGAAAACCAAGAAAAUAACAGGUUGUAAUGCAAUGCUGCUGAUGGACUCUAUCAAAAGUACAGAGUCUGCUAUUUAUCUCCUUUUUUUUUUUUCUUGUCCCCUGCUGUGUACGGCCUCCAGAAAUUCUGCUGCUGGCUUGAACCCUGUGACCAUCAUAAAAUAGUCAUUUGAAAGACUACAUCAUGUUACCCCAUAGAAUCUGCUGCAAUAGAGACCAACGCCACAAAAGAACAUAUAUUGCAACUGCAGCAGUUUUAUUUUGGUUUCACAAGUUGGUAAAGGGCAUAGUUACAGUUUUCUUCCUGAAAAUGCCAAAAGCAAACUAUAUUAGUGAAAGGGAGAGCACAGCUCUGUGAGGAAAUUAAAAGGCAAUGAUGAAAGCACUUAACCCAAAACGUUUGUUUACUCUAAUGAAUUGUGGUGUUUUUUUUUUUUUUUCUUGCCUCAUUAGAAUGCAAUCAGUUGCUGACAGGAACAGUUGAUGAAAAGAUUCUAACUUUCUAUCCUCUGUGUCAAGCAAAACAUGUUUAUAAUGUGGAAGUCACUGCACCCUAACCCAAACCACUCGGCACAGCAGAGACCAAGCUCUCCUGCUGAUUUCUGGUGCUUCUUGCUGAUACCAGUUAACUUCAGACACCGGCAGCUAUUGUUUAAACUGGAGAUAUCUUUUAAAGUUGUACUGGUUUAAAAAAACAAUUGGUACCAGAAAGCUGUAAGAUAACCGAAACACUAUGAGCAGGUCAAGCAGUAUGGACUGGUUUCUCGGGAUGGUAUAGUGCAUACUGGAUCCAUUCUCGUCACAAUGACUUGCAUGUCUUUCCAAUGAUAUAACUAGUUUCUGGUGUAACCCUGAUUUUGAGUUCUCAUAUUAACUUCAAGACGCUUAAUCAGUAUUCUAGGUGUCAAACAAAAAAAAAAUCUUGUUUUGUUAUGUCUGUAGGAGGAAAGGGUGAAGCCAUGGUUCUACUGCAAACACCAUGGUAUAAAUGGGGGGAAAUGCAAUGUAGAACCAGAGAAAUUCAUGACCCAAUUGACAUUUUAUUGGCAAACUUCAUUCAGUAAUGAACCAAAAUGAUUCCGAAAGAGCCAGCAAGAUUAUGAGAAACCAGGAAUCCAAUUCAUUCAGAGGUGGGGAAAGUGGUAUGCUGUAUUGUCUUGUAAACUCGGAGGAUAGUGAAUCACGAAAGCAGUUGAGGUUUCUGAUUGUUUGCCUGUUUCUACCUUUUUUAUUCUGUAUUUUUGCAAGAUAUUUGUAAUUCUCUCUCUCGCUCUCUCCUGUACAGUCAGAAUGGGUUCUAGAAAUCACAACCCAAGACUGCAAUGCUAUUUGGAUAUGAAAAUACUCUCUGCACUCUCUUUGGAGGAGGUCAGUGAUCACCACAUGCAGUAGGCAGAUAUUUUCUAUUUGGGUGGAUACAAUGAAGUAGACUAUUUUUUGGCUCUGUUAAGCUGUCCUAUUAACAAUGGACAUACAUUUCUAAUUAUUAUGAAUAUAGUAAAUUAUUUAUAAUGAAUACAGACAGACUUGUAUAAAUUGUGUGGCUUUGGUUAAAAUGGCCCAACUCUGCUGUUAUUUGUGGAAUAAUUCUGACUGUAUUCAUCAGGCAUUAUUGAUACAUAGUGUGGACAGUGAAUUUGUGAUACUAUAUUAAAGGUUAGUCAUAACAUUUGUAACUUUUUUAUGAAAUGUUUUUAGUGUUUCUCAAAAGCAAAGGGUAACUAUAAAGCAACAUUGUAAAUAGGCUUUUAAAUUAAAGAAAUGCCUGUAGGAGGGGAAAAAUACUAUUUUAUACAGUACUGUAUUACCGUACAGCCAAAAAUACUAUACUAAUUAAAAUAUAUAUGUAUACAGUAAGAAUACUGGCAAUACUGUAGUAUACUACUGUAUAGUGAAUGCUGUGGGUGUAUUUUACAGGGUCUUUCUUGGGAUGUAAACACACAUAGAAAAUCUUUACAAUGGCACUUUAGAAGCUAAAAGCUUCGUUUUACCUCAGUAAAAGUCUUAAUAAGAACACUAGAAGAACAUAGUAUUCCCUUUUUCACAAAACGCAUGUGUGGUCACUCUCCAGUGCCCAGAAGAAACAAAUCAAUGGUUAUGUUCUUGAUUUCUAUGUUUAAAGAAACCUUCUGUAAAUUUACACAAUGUAAAUUUCAGAGGAUAUUUAUUACAAAGGUAAGUACAUACCUGUUUAUUAAUAUACAGCUUUUAAAAUUAAUCAGGCUACAACAAUGAUGAUACAAAAAGAGAUUAGUUCUAUAUUAGCUUAUAUGGGAAAAGUAUGUAAAAAUAUCAUUGAGAAUCAAAUUAAAUGUAAAUAAAUCUGUUGUUUCAAAGCAAUGUUGUGAAAUGGAAUUGAUGUGGCCCCCCGCAUCGCCAAGCACACGCUUUCCAAAACCCAGUAAAAAAAAAAAAAAAAAAAAAGCUGGCUGUACAAUAGACAGGUUUGUAAUUUAUGAGAAUAAAUGUGACCUAAUGCACUGUGAAUGCAAUGUGAUUUGAGGUCAUGUGUAAAAUAAUAAUGGAAAAAAGAUAAUAUUGAAAAACCGAAUGUAAGUGAAAACAGAGAUCUAUGUAUUAUAUGAAUGUAUUGUCUUGCCAUCAACAGUAGUGUCAGAUCAAUGUAAAGCAAUAAACAGAAGAAAGAAACAUGGCAAAAUGAAAUUCUUGUGCAUUGUUAAAUGAAACCUUGAAAUUUAAAAAGAAAUGUUCUGUAACAUAACCAAUUAAUGAAUAAACUUUAUAAAACAUU